AUGGCAGCUCUGCAGCUCGCUGUCGCAGUGGGUGCGAGAGUGAUCGCGACCACUUCGUCUGAUGAGAAAGGGGCUCGUCUAAAGACGCUGGGUGCGACGCACGUUAUCAACUACCAGACUCAUCCGGAAACCCGGGGUGAGGAUGCCCGAACCCUGACUCCUGGUGGACGAAGCGCGGAUUUUGUCAUCGACGUUGGCGGAACUGAAACAUUGCCUGUGUCUCUGGCAGCGGUGCGGGUGGAUGUUAUUGUUCUAGUCACUGGUCAAGUUGGGGAGUCCACCGUCGAUGCUGUGUCUAUGUUCGCUGCUCUGCUGCAUACAUGCAUUGCUCGUGGCAUUCUGGCCAGCAGCCGUAACCAAUUUCGGGAGUUGGUUCGCUUCAUCGAUGACCACAAGGUUGUGCCGGUGGUCGAUGAUGUGAUGUUUGAGAUGGCGGAGGCUAGGAGUGCAUACAUGCGUCUCAAGGAAAAGAAACACUUUGCUAAAGUUUUGAUUAAGGUUGAUUGGUUGAAUCUAAAUCGUGCUGUGUCAAUUCGUGUUCCAUAG